AUGGGUGGAGCCAAAGGAUGUGUGUGCUGGCCUGGUUUCCGUCUGAAGACAGACGGACGGACGUGUGUAGACAUUAAUGAGUGUGUGGAGAGAUUCCCGUGCAGCCAGCAGUGCAUAAACACGUACGGGUCGUACAAGUGUGUGUGCGCAGAUGGAUACAAACCUCUGGAGACGGACGCACACAGCUGCAGAGCUGUCUCAGCAGAAGAGCCCUUUCUGAUUCUGGCCGAUCAUCACGAGAUCAGACGGAUCAGCCUGGACGGCUCGAACUACACCCUGCUGAAACAGGGCCUCAGUAACGUUCUCUCGUUGGACUUUGACUACAGAAGGGAUUUGAUGUUUUGGAUUGACAGCAGCCGGCCAAGCGGACGCAGGAUCAACAGGAUGCGCAUAAAUGGGAGCGAUCUCAAGGUGAUCCACAGGACCUCAGUGCCGAACGCCCUGGCAGUCGACUGGAUCGGAAAAAACCUGUACUGGUGCGAUGCUGAAAGAAAAACACUGGAGGUAGCGAAGGCUAAUGGACUUUACCCAACCAUCCUGAUGAACUCUGGACUUCAAAACCCUUCUUCUCUCACACUGGACCCUUUAACUGGCUAUGUUUUUUGGAUCGACUGCUGCGAGCACCCACACAUCGGACGGAUGGGAAUGGACGGCAGCAAUCCACGAGUGAUCAUCAGUACAGACGCACACACUCCGUCUGCGCUCACUGUGGACUACGUCAACAGCAGGAUUUACUGGGCAGACGGGACCAACAUCCUGUUCUCCGACAUGGACGGCUCGAAGACGCACAGAGUGCCUAACGAGGACAUGGGCGAGGUGACGAGUCUCACCCUGUUUGAGGAUUUUCUCUACUGGAGCGAUCAGAAGAGGAGGACGCUGAAUCGAGCUCAUAAAACCUCCGGAGAGAGGCGCGUGGAACUGCUCAGCUCUUGGCAAACCAUCCGUGACAUUAAAAUUUAUCAUCCGCUACGCCAACCAGACGUUGUGAAGCAUCAGUGUCAGGUGAAUAACGGAGGCUGCAGUCACCUGUGUCUGUUGUCUCCGGGCGGAGCCUAUAGGUGUGCAUGCCCCACCCACUUUUACCUGGCCAAUGACAGCAAGACCUGCCUUUCCAACUGCACCUCCAGCCAGUUUCGUUGUGGUACAGACGAGUGUAUUCCGUUCUGGUGGAAGUGUGACACGGUAGACGACUGCGGUGACGGUUCAGAUGAACCUGCAGACUGCCCGGAGUUUAAGUGCCAGCCGGGUCGAUUUCAGUGUGGGUCGGGUCUCUGCGCUCUCCCUCCUUUCAUCUGCGAUGGAGAGAAUGACUGCGGUGACAACUCUGACGAAGCGAACUGUGAAUCGUAUAUCUGUCUAUCAGGACAAUUCAAAUGCACCGGGACUCACAAGUGUAUCCCAGUGAACCUGCGCUGUAAUGGACAGGACGACUGUGGCGAUGGAGAGGACGAACACGACUGCCCUGAAAACACAUGCUCGCCCACACACUUCCAGUGUAAGACCACCAUGCACUGCAUCUCCAAGCUGUGGGUGUGUGACGAGGACCCGGACUGCGCCGACGGAUCUGACGAGGCCGACUGUGAUGAGAAGACGUGUGGGCCACAUGAGUUCCGCUGUAGGAAUAAUAACUGCAUCCCGGAUCACUGGAGGUGCGACGCCCAGAGCGACUGUGGAGACAAUUCAGACGAGGAGAACUGCAAGCCAUUGACAUGCAGCUCGAAGGACUUUGUGUGUGCUAACGGAGACUGUGUGUCUGCACGCUUCCGCUGUGACGGAGACUUUGACUGCACCGACAACUCUGACGAGAGGGGCUGCGAGAGCCGCUGUGCUGAUGGUCAGUAUCAGUGUGAGAAUCGGCUGUGUAUCUCUGUUAAGUGGGUGUGUGACGGACAAGAAGACUGUAAGAACGGAGAGGACGAACUCAACUGCAAACCAGCAAACACGGCCAUGACUGCGUCCUGCAGUAAGAGUGAGUAUGUGUGCGCAGGAGGAGGCUGUGUGUCGGCGACUUCACGAUGUAAUGGGAAGAACGACUGUACAGAUGGGUCCGAUGAAGUGGACUGCUCUCGGGAGUGUAAUCAGGACGAGUUUGUGUGUCGUAACCACGCUCACUGCGUUCCUGCUGUCUGGCGAUGUGACGGUGUUUUCGACUGUUUGGACCACAGCGAUGAAGAAAACUGUACUCACGGUGUGGUGACGUGUCGUCCUGACGAGUUUGUGUGCAAUAACACGCUGUGUAAGCUGCGUGUGUGUCUGUGUGACGGCGAGGACGACUGCGGGGACAACUCGGACGAGGAUCCCGGCAUGUGCGCGAAGUUCCCAUGUCCUGAGACGAGACCUUUCCGCUGCAGGAAUGGCAGAGUGUGUGUGCGCACGGAGCAGAUGUGUAACGGAGUGAACGACUGUGGGGAUAACUCUGACGAAGAGGACUGUGUGGAUGUGGGCGGAGUCAGCAUGUGUGGGAAGGCGGAGUUUACGUGCGUGAGCGGUCGCUGUAUCUCGGCCGAGCUGCAGUGUGACCUGUUUGACGAUUGUGGAGACGGAGGAUCGGACGAGCACGACUGUAAACCAUUGGAAGCAGGCUGUACAAGAAGUGUGUGUGGUGAUGAUGCAUUCUGCAAUCAGACAGCGGGUCGAGCGGUGUGUCAGUGCAGAGCGGGCUUUAGGAGAGACCAGCGGAGUAAACAGUGUGAAGAGGUAAACGAGUGCGGGUUGUUCGGGACGUGUUCUCAGUACUGCUCUAACACUAAAGGAUCGUAUAAGUGCAGCUGCCACAGGAACUUUAAAGAGAUUAACGGCGAGUGCAUCACUAAAGGACCGGAUGAUCAGGUGCUUUACGUAGCAAACGACUCGGAGAUCCACAGAUUUGUGUAUCCGUUUAACCGAACGCACACACACACGCUUUUCGCCCGCUUUACCCAGAACACACACGUGGUCAGCAUGGACGCACUUUUCCACCGCCACAUGUUCAUCUGGGCCACUCAGUUUAACCCCGGGGGCAUUUUCCACCGAGACCUGGGGGAUAGAAUUACCAGCCGGAGCCACGGUGGAACUGUAUGUCCAGAUUUCCGGCGUCCGGUUGAUCUGUCAGCUGAUUGGGUGACGGGGUCCCUGUACUGGAUCGAUCAUUCUCCCCCUAUCACUCCGUCUACUCCGCCCUCGCUGCAUCACUCCAUCAACGUGGGGAAAAUCGGAGGGGAAAACUGCAGACGGCUCAUCACUGACCUGCAGGGGGAGCCGUUCUCCAUCACCGUUAACCCCGGCCGAGGGAUGAUGUACUGGUCUGUGGUUGGUGAUCGUUCUCACAUCGAGGAGUCGGCGAUGGAUGGAUCACUGAGGCGUGUUUUAUUAGAGAAGAACCUGCGCCGUCCUACAGGGUUGGCGAUUGAUUAUUAUGGUGAAAGAGUGUACUGGGCCGACUCGGAGCGCUCCAUCAUCGGCAGUGUAAGAUUCGAUGGAUCAGACGCUCAGGUGGCGGCCAGCAUCCAACACGGCGUGUCUCAGCCGUUCCGUAUCGAUGUGUUCGAGGAUUACGUGUACGCCACGGCGCUGAAUCACCGCGUGUUCCGCGUGCACAAAUACGGCCGACAGCGCGCCGUCACACUCCAGCUGCCUGUGCAGAGAGCCUCCAGUGUGCUGGUGUUUCACCGAUAUAAACAACAGGAGGUGUUAAACCCGUGUGUGAGGAUGAACUGUGAAUUUUUGUGUCUGUUGAACCCAAGUGGUGCGAGGUGUGUGUGUCCCGAGGGGAAAUCUCUCAUCAACAGGACAUGUGUGGACACCAGCAGCAGAGGUGGUCCAUGUCUGGCAGUGUGUGAGAAUGGGGGACGGUGUGUGUUGAAUGAGCGAGGACAGGCUCGGUGUGUGUGCAGGUCAGGGUUCUCAGGGGAUCAGUGUGAAAUCGACCACUGCGCUGGACACUGUCACAACGGAGCAUCCUGUUCUACUACUGUAACAGGAAGGCAUGUGUGUCGGUGUGUGUUGGGGUUCUCUGGGGUGGUGUGUGAAAGGAGUGUGUGUGAUGGAUUCUGUCUGAACGGUGGAUCGUGUGGCGUUACCGUGGGCAACCAGCCGUUCUGCCUCUGCAGUGCUGAAUACACUGGAGAACGCUGCUCUCAACAUAUCUGUCAGCAUUACUGUGUGAACUGGAAGGCGUGUUCUGUGAUGAGCGCAGGCCGUGUGGAGUGUGUGUGUCCGGAGCGUUAUGAAGGUGUGAGGUGUGAGACAGACCGCUGUGUCCACUGCAGGGACGCACCGUGUUUCAUACACAACGCCACCGGAGACGUCUUCUGCAACUGCACUAGUGGAAAGAUUGCGUCCAGCUGUCAUGUGUGUGACGGUUAUUGCUAUAAUGGAGGAACCUGUCACCUCGACUCCGAGACGUCUCUACCCUUCUGCCAGUGCUCAGUGAACUGGACCGGCACUCAGUGUGAGAAACCUACAACCAACAACAGCAGGAGCGACAUCGUCAGUGGGAGGAGCAUCGGCAUCAUUGUCCCUCUGGUUCUGCUGGUGUUAAUCGUUGCCACAAUAACAGUGGGCCUCUUCAUCUGUAAACGGCACCAAAGGGGGAAGCGUGUUCAGAGGCAGCCGAUGGCUAACGGAGGCCUGAACGUGGAGAUCGGAAACCCAUCGUACAACAUGUAUGAACUGGAACACGACAGUCACGUGGACGUGGGAGAAAUCCUGCACCCCAACUUCACCCUGCACCCCCACAAGGGCUGGUGUGUGAGGUCGAGUGAACCUCGACUUGAACCCACUCACACUCUGCCAUCACAAACUCUCCCUGUGCACCCUGUCCCCAAGUCUUUCAUUCCAGGACAGUUUGGAUUCGUCCUUUCCUUCAUGCAUGCCUUCAUUCAGUGGUGCAUUGCGAGUCGGUCCAUCACAGCGUGUAAAUAAGCGGGCGGUGAACUACUCCACCAGAGCGCGCACGGACGAGCGUCAGAGCCAUAAACCCGGCGUUAGACUGAGCGAGAGGAGAGACGUUUAUCCCAAAAGACUGGAGGGGGCGAUACGCGAAACUGCCGCCUGAGAACUAGCUUUUACACAAAUCCUGCUUAUUUUUUACCUAUAGACUUUACACAAGAGACUUUUUAUAUACCUGAUCAGGUGGCCAUUGGCUUCGUUAUACCAGUGCCAUAUUUACGUUUGGACUUUGUUUGUUUAUGAAUGAAAUGUUCGCUGAGCUGCUCACGUCCAUGUUAUAUAGGGUUUCAUUUAAAGACACGUACACACUAGAUAUGAUAUAAUCGCGUCUAAUGCGCACACAUAUUGUAGAACGUUUGACAUGAAAGCGCCGUUCCAUCACGCCUGAGCCACCGAGUCUUUUCCCACGUCUCAUCUUCACCCUCGUCCGGUGAACGGAAUUCUGGGAUUUCUUUCUCCGCGCCGCUCCUUCAAAUUCAUCCACCAGGACGAAACACGACGGUGAAGGACGUUGCCCACGUCGACUCUUUCUCCUCCUGAACUGUUCACAGUCACGUUAUCGUGUGUGUGUUUCGAACCUCGUGAUAAGGUGUAGGAGCGAUUAGCGGCACAUGCCUCAUGACGUAUACUAGGUGCAUAUUUACCAAAUAAUAUUUCCAUUUUAUUUUUGAUAUUUCUGAGCUGCCGUGCAAACGUGAUUCUGUAAGUUAUUGGUCCCGAUCACGUCUGUUCCGGUUGCUUUGAAUUCGGAUCAUUUUUGAAAUAUUUAUUUGUCCUUAUUAAUAAUUUAUUCAGGUGAUUGAUGUGGAAAUGUUUUAUCGUUUCAUUUUGGUUGAAAUGCAUUAAAUGAUCUGUUACACCAAAUCAAC